AUGCCUCUGAACAAUCUCGAGGGCGUCACCAUCCCGCAAGCAGGCCCAAGUCAACAUAGCGGGACCAACGGCAACGGCAGCUCCAGCAGCGCGAGCAGUAGCACCGUUCAUGCCAGCAUCGGUCACGACAACAGCUUCGACAGCAGCGACAACGGAAAGCGCAACCGGUACCAGUACAGCUGUCUUCAAUGCCAGCGCCGCAAACAGCGAUGCAGUCGAACCUAUCCCUGCGAGAAAUGCAUGCAGCGUGGCAUCGCCCAUCUCUGCUCUCCACCGUCCAACUUGCAUCGCCCUUCUAGGCGUAUUCGAAUGCGUCAGAAGCUAGCAGCUGCCGCAGAAGGUGAUCAGCCCGUUUCGAAGAAAGCGCGUCACGAGAGCCUCGACGAUAUGGACGACAUGGACACGUACGAGCUCGAUGACGAGCACAACAUCGGCUCUUCGCAUCCGCAGGACGGCGCUGGAUCUGGUAACUUCCUGCAACAGGAUCAGUCCUUCCAUGGCCCAGGCUCGGCCGAUGCUUCUACUAGCAUGCUGGCUCCGCAUACCAAAACCUACGGCCAGCCAGGCACUGCGCCCUAUUCCGAUCACGAUGCUCGAAACCGGCAUUACGACUAUAUGCAACACCAGCCUCAGCAAGAGCCAUCGCAACGCCAUCAAGAUCCUGUUCCGUACCAACAUCGGCGCUAUGCGCCAUAUCAAGUCAGCUCCGAGAUUGUUCCGUUUGCAAGUACACCCGCAUUUCAGCGCAGCACAACGACAGGGCGUGCCUCUCUUUCAUCUCCCACACAGAUGCUUCCGCCCUCUUUCAGCCCGUCAGACCUCCAUACAUCAUCUAUACAGGAGCCAGCUCGGCUACGACGAUCGAGCACGACGCGUAACACGCAAACACGCAGCUCAGACGCGGCCAACACCGGCGCCGACGCGCUCGCUCAACUUGCAACCGUCGCUCAGUGGCCGGCACUGCAGCACAAUCAUCGGCAGGCAGACCCGUCAAAUGAUCCGAAUGUCAAGGCCUCGACGAGCUUCAAUACGGGCACAUCCUCGAACGCGAGUCCGCAACGAUCGGUCAUCGGCGGCAUGCAGAAUGCCCCGUCGUCUUCACGCAGUCAAGGGCUCGACUCGGAUCAACGCAGCAUGGUCGAUGCAGACGACGCUUUCAUCGGCAAACCCGCGCUCAACGGUCUUGGUUGGAACCCGUUCCGCCGCCACGAUAGUGCAGGCACCGAUGUUGACCUGCUGUCCUGGACUGGUCAGCUGGGCCGAGGAUUUGGCCUCGUCAUCCCCAAGUACGAGCUUCGAUCUGUGCAGCAGUCACUGCCGAGCAAGUCCCAAGCACAGCGUCUCUUGCAGAUCUACCUCGACGACUUCAACUGGUCGCGCUUCCCGACUAGCGCCGCCGAGCUCGUCAAGGCAAUCGAUGUCUGCAUCGAUCGAUCCUCGGUCUCGGAUGACGUACAGAUGCUGCCGCUGAUGGCGUUCUGUCUGUCCAUCUUCGGUCUUGCAACCCUGGAUCUAGCUGUGCGACCGUACCCGACUCGAUCGUCUCGAACCUACUUCUUCGCCGCACGCAAGGCUCUGUCCUUGUCAGAGAGCCUGGGUCUACACACGCUCGACUCGCUCUCGGCGUCGCUGAAUCUCUGUCGAUACCUCGAUCUCUGUCGUGUGCCUCGGUCAACUUGGCUGCAGGUGGCCUCCUGCAUGCGAGGCGCUAUUGAUCUAGGCCUGCACCUCGACGGAGCUCACCUUGGACAAAACUGCUCAAACACCUUGCAAAGACGCGUUCUCUGGUCGCACAUCGUCCAUCAAGACCGCGAAUGGAGUGUCCUCUUCGGCCGCCCCAUGACUGAGAUCCCCUUCUCUACCACUCCUGUCCCGACACUAGAAGACUACCUCAACGUCGGUCUCGAGCUCACUUGUGCGCAGUACCUCGUCGUCCGUGACUCGUUCCGCAUCCACAUCGAGCGCAUCUCGCGCCUCUUUCAAGAAAUCGCUGCGAGCUCCAACUCGUCCCCUUCAGCGCGGAUCUACGAGCGUGCGCUCGAGAUCGACGCUGACAUCGUCGCCUUCACCGAAUCCCUUCCGCCAUGCCUCUCCACCGCGCAACUGCUCUCUGGUGGUGCCAUGCGUCAUCAAGACUUUUCGACAAUCUUCUAUCACCACCUGUGCACCAACCAGAUCCUCUUCUUCCGCUCGCUCCUCCACCGGCCGUUCUGGAUGGAGUCGUCAGACCUCAUCUCCGCCGAAGACUUCAAACGGUCGCGUCAGAUCUGUGUCGAUCUCGCACUGUCCGAUCUUCGCGGACGCCGAUUGUUGUCGCGCAGAAUACCCGUGACGAUGCUGUGCCACCUCUAUGGAUCCGCCUACUCGCUGCUGAGCAUGAACACCAUCAUCGCGUCCGAUAUGCUAUUCGCACUUGAUCUCGACGAGCGUCUCCAAGCCGAGGAGGUGCAAGAAAAGCUCGGCUACAUCCAGGAGUACGUCGCUGCGGUGCGAUCAAACAUUCAGGAAUCGCGUGGCGACCAUCUUGCUGUUAAGGAGCUGUACGUCAUGCGAUCGUUGCUCAAGAGGAUUCAGGAUAAGGUGGCUACGCUAAACCCGCAGAGCGUGGGAUUCCAGGUAUUGGGUGUCAGGUACCCGGGAAGCUGUGCGGAUCGCCUGGCGAUGACGCUCACCGAGCUGCAGAGCGCUGCGAAUUUGUUGUUGAAUAUGGCGAGGGCGGGUGUGCGGGUGGAUGACGCGACGAGGAUCCCCCAUUCGGGUGAAGAUAGGCUGUCGACGAGCAGCAGGUCGGGGACGAGUUCGGCGCCGUCGUCUGCGUCUGCUCGCGGUGGGGCAGGCGCCGGGGGUCAAGCGCAAGCAGGCACGUACGUGGGUGAAGGUGCGGAGUUUGGCCUCAACCAGGAGGGCGGGGCAGGUAUGGACACAGUCGGGAUGCUCAAUGCAGGCAAUGGCAACGCAGUCACACCGUCGGCUGACUCGCUCGACCUAUUCCUGUCCAACGCCGACGAGUGGCUGUCAUCGCUGCUCAACCCUGGAGCUGCUGCCUUCUCCGCUCCAGCGCAGCCGCUCGACUUUGGCUUCUCGCUAUUUUGA